CGGCACAGGCUUCCUUAAGCCCGGACUCAGAAGGUCAUGUCUCAGCUGUGUGAGGCUGGAGAAGGCGCUAGCUGACACUGACAGGCAGCACCGCACACAUCCAGCCUUUAAUAGCACCGCUCUCCAUUCAUUAACUACUGCAAACAUGCAGGAAUGGGCGAACCAGUUAUGCGAGAAUCGACAAUUUGGAUCCAAGAUGACGGACUCCAAGUACUUCACCACUACCAAGAAAGGGGAGAUCUUUGAGCUCAAGGCAGAGCUAAACAGUGAUAAGAAAGAGAAGAAGAAGGAGGCUGUGAAGAAGGUCAUUGCAUCUAUGACAGUUGGCAAGGAUGUCAGCGCUCUGUUCCCAGAUGUUGUGAACUGCAUGCAAACGGACAACCUGGAACUGAAGAAGCUGGUCUACCUCUACCUGAUGAACUAUGCCAAGAGUCAGCCAGACAUGGCGAUCAUGGCUGUUAACACCUUUGUAAAGGACUGUGAAGACCCUAACCCUCUAAUCAGGGCCCUUGCUGUUCGUACAAUGGGCUGCAUCCGUGUGGACAAGAUCACCGAGUACCUCUGUGAGCCCCUGAGGAAAUGUCUGAAGGAUGAAGACCCAUACGUGAGGAAGACAGCCGCUGUGUGUGUGGCAAAGCUCCAUGAUAUCAACGCACAGUUGGUGGAGGACCAAGGCUUCCUGGACACCCUUAAAGACCUCAUAUCAGACUCCAACCCAAUGGUUGUAGCAAACGCAGUAGCAGCGUUGUCUGAGAUAGCAGAAUCUCACCCCAACAGCAAUCUGCUGGACCUGAACCCCCAGACCAUUAACAAGUUGCUGACGGCUUUAAAUGAGUGCACAGAGUGGGGACAGAUAUUCAUUCUCGACUGCCUGGCAAAUUACACACCUCGUGAUGACCGUGAGUCCCAAAGCAUUUGUGAGCGCGUGACCCCACGGCUCUCGCAUGCCAACUCUGCAGUGGUGCUGUCAGCAGUAAAGGUUUUAAUGAAGUUCAUGGAGAUGCUGCCCAAAGACUUGGACUACUACGGCACCCUGCUGAAGAAGCUCGCCCCUCCGCUGGUCACUCUCCUCUCUGCUGAGCCUGAGUUGCAAUAUGUGGCCCUCAGAAACAUCAACCUCAUUGUACAGAGACGCCCUGAGAUCCUGAAACAUGAGAUGAAGGUUUUCUUUGUAAAGUACAAUGAUCCGAUCUAUGUCAAACUGGAGAAGCUGGAUAUCAUGAUUCGCCUUGCAUCCCAAGCCAACAUCGCUCAGGUCCUGGCUGAGCUGAAGGAGUAUGCCACUGAGGUGGAUGUGGACUUUGUCCGUAAAGCGGUCAGAGCCAUUGGCCGCUGUGCCAUCAAAGUAGAGCAAUCAGCAGAGCGCUGUGUCAGCACACUGCUCGACCUCAUCCAAACCAAGGUCAACUAUGUGGUGCAGGAGGCCAUUGUGGUCAUCAAGGACAUCUUCCGCAAGUACCCCAACAAGUAUGAGAGCGUGAUUGCCACUCUUUGUGAAAACCUGGAUUCCCUGGAUGAGCCAGAGGCACGUGCUGCUAUGAUCUGGAUUGUCGGAGAGUACGCUGAGCGCAUCGACAACGCUGAUGAGCUGCUGGAGAGCUUUUUGGAGGGUUUCCACGAUGAAAGCACUCAGGUGCAGCUGCAGCUACUGACGGCGAUCGUCAAGUUGUUCCUGAAAAAGCCUACCGAGACCCAGGAGCUAGUGCAGCAGGUGUUAAGCCUUGCCACACAGGACUCUGAUAACCCGGACCUCAGGGACCGUGGCUACAUCUACUGGCGUCUGCUCUCCACAGACCCUGUAGCCGCUAAGGAGGUGGUUUUGGCUGAGAAGCCCCUGAUCUCUGAGGAGACGGAUCUGAUCGAGCCCACACUGCUGGAGGAGCUCAUCUGCCACAUUGGUACUCUGGCCUCUGUCUACCACAAGCCUCCCAGUGCCUUUGUUGAAGGCAGUCGCGGUGUUCAGCACAAGAGACUCCCUGGCAGUGCCGGAUCUGGGGAUAGUGUUGACAGCCCAGACACCGCCUCUGCUGCUGGAGUUUCUGAGGCACCGCCUGCUGUCAUUCCAUCUCAGGGAGACCUCCUGGGAGAUCUGCUUAAUCUGGACCUGACCCCUCCUACUGCCACAGGACCACCACCAGCACCCUCCUCUGGGUUGCAGAUGGGUGCUAUGGACCUUCUUGGAGGAGGGCUGGACAGCCUGAUGGGGGAUGAGUCUGAGCCGCUUGGCGGAGACCUUGGAGGAAGUCCUGCUCUGGGAGCUGGUUUUGGUGCUCCUCCAGCUGCGAUGCCGGCCUCUUUUAACGCCCCUGUGAGCGGCGGUCUGGAUGACCUGUUUGAUCUCGGAGGUGGAGUUGGUAUGCCCAUGGGCUCCUACAGCCCCCCUAAAACAGUUUGGCUUCCAGCCAUGAAGGCCAAGGGUCUGGAGAUAUCUGGCACUUUUGCCCGCCGUGCCGGGGUAAUUCAAAUGGAGAUGACCCUCACUAAUAAAGCUAUGAGUGUCAUGACUGAUUUCGCCAUCCAGUUUAACAGAAACAGCUUCGGUCUCGCUCCCGCUGGUCCACUCCAGAUUCUCACUCCUCUUAGCCCAAACCAGAGUAUUGAAGCGGCUCUUCCCCUCAGUACUGUGGGACCUGUCAUGAAAAUGGAGCCUCUCACUAACCUGCAGGUGGCUGUUAAGAACAACAUCGAUGUAUUCUACUUCAGCUGCCAGUACCCCAUCAGCAUGCUGUUUGUAGAGGACGGGAAGAUGGAGCGACAGGUGUUCCUCGCCACAUGGAAGGACAUUCCGAAUGACAAUGAGUCCCAGUUUCAGAUCAAAGACUGCCACCUCAACUCAGAUGCAGCCUCCAACAAACUGCAGGGUAGCAACGUCUUCACCAUAGCCAAGCGUACGGUGGAGGGUCAGGACAUGCUGUAUCAGUCGAUGAAACUCACCAACGGCAUCUGGGUGCUGGCCGAGCUGAGGGUGCAGACAGGAAACCCGAACUACACGGUCUCUCUGAAGUGCAGAGCUCCGGAGGUUUCCCAGUGUGUGUUCCAGAGCUACGAGGCGAUGCUGAAGAACUGAACUGAAGACUGAACACCCCUACAUCCACCCAGCCGCUGCCCUUCGCCGACUCCUGGCACUUUCUUCUGCUAUCCCUCACCUGACCUACAACUUCACGCCGUGCAGGAGCCACUUCCUGCUGUGUUGUGUCUGGAGGCUGCACUCUGUGUGUCAUUCAGCUGUUUAAUUAGGAUGGUUAAUGAUGUUUUUUUGGCCCAUUUUAACCCCAUUGAUGAUUUCUUUUUCUUUUUUUUUCCCCCUGCAAGACUACAGACAUUUCUGGGUCACUGUGUUUAGCUUCCCUGUCCCUCUUUAGUGUUUGUUCACACACAAUUUUCAGUUUCAUUAUCUCAUCAUAUAUUUUCUGAAUGAGCGCCCUAAGCGGGUCCUCCACUCGUCCCUGCUGGGGCCCUCCUUUUGUUGACCUUUACUCUGCUGGAGACAGACGGCUGUAUGACUUGCAUUCCCGUGACUGUUUCCUCUGCAUGAGGCUGUUUAAUCAUCGUCUAGCCCCAUUUCUCUGCAAAUUGGAGUCUAUUUUUAGCAUCUGCAAUCAGCAGGUGAGGCAUCACCGUCGGCAUAUUUAUUUAGGGUACUUUUGAUUAAAACGCGGCAGAAAAAGGCUUUAACCCUCCCUCCGAGUGUGUGUGUGUGUGUGUGUGAAGUGAAAGUUGGCUGUCUGGGCCUUUAGAAGAGACACAUAAAUACUUACAAACUACAUUAUUGUUGUCAUUUUGUAGAGUUUUCUUUAGCGUCUGUGGUUAGCAGUGGGGUCGGAUCCUCUGCGAGCAGAAUGUCUGAAGUGUGCUUGGAAACUUGUUUGUUGGUGUGUGAUUUUCUUUUAAUUUCUACAUCAAUAUCUGGACAUUUUAUAGACUAGCAGCAGUUGUCCGCUGCCUGCUCUCUUACUUAAUCAUUCCAUGGUUUGAUUUGUGUUCGUAGUUUUGUUUAGUCUGCAUGUGGCAAACUGGGAGAGAGCCUCAGGUGUUGAGGAUUUUGUAUCAGCUGCUCCCCACCCCCUCUCCUGCGUCAGUGACAGCCACUCGGCCUCUCUCUCUCUUCCACUUUGCUCUCUCUGUAUCCUCAUCGCAGCUUUUGGAGUACCAUGGCCACCUGAGAUGAAGGCUCAGGUGAGAUAUCUCUAAACUUCUGAGUAAUAAGUGUACACGCAGGUAGCACACUGUGUUAGUUGAACAACACCCGGUAUCACUGUUUUACCUGCAGACUCUAGAUUAACUGGUCUACUUUUCCCCCUCCCGAGUCAUGACACUGAAGCCCUUUUUAUCGGCUCUACAGGAUGUAUGCACUUUUGCUAACGCCUUGUAAAGAUUACAACAGAGGUGGCUGUGUAUUCUGAGUGUGUCUUUGUGUGUGGUGACGGCUGGUUCAUAUAAAAUGCUGUAAAAAACAACAACAACAACAAAAACGUUUAAUCAGAUGCUUUUGAUUGACAUGAUUUUGUUCAUUGUGUGUACAUCAUUUGAAAAAGAACUAUUAAAAGUGUUGAUAAAUUCA